AUGGGCGAGUGGGAGCACGGACGAGUGGUAGCAGCAGUAGGAGUGAGCGCCAGUGGAAUUUUCGGUCCGAACACUUUCCAGGAUUGGUGCCGGGAGGGCCGUCGCACUUUCCCGAUCCUUCCUCGAACGGCUCCCUAUACCGCGUUGUCCUAUAUAGCGAACACCGUUUGUGAACAGAUUUCCCGCGAUAAUGCCAGAAUGCCACAUCCGUUCGAAACGUCUCAAAACCGGCUCCAGAAAGAGCAGGAGGAGGAAAAGAACAAACUGCUCGAACAGCAACAAAAGCAGCAACAAUUACCCAUCAUUCAACCAACCACGCAAACCUUGCCAGUGGAAAUGGACUCGAUCGCGGUUCCGCUGACACCACCACUGGAACCGAUUGUACACACCCCUCCGCCUGUUGUCACAAUGGAUCCGUUUGUUGAGGCGGCCAACAAAAGUUACAUCAAUAACGAUCUGAAAAGAACAUACCCGUUAGAUCCGAUCCCGCCGCAUGGCUCUUUUAGCAUUCGUGACGACUCCCCCUUGCGAAAGAAACCUCAGCUGUACCAGGAGUUACAAAAGCAAGAUCUACUUCAUCAGAAUCCAAUAGUGACGUACUAUCAACAACCCUAUCAGCAGCAAUUCCCCCUCCAGCAAGCCCUUUCCCCUCAUAAUUCACUCUCUUCUCCCACUAGCAUCGGUACGACGCCAUUGACAACCAACAUCAACAAUAACAAUUUUAACGUUAAAACAGCGACAGGCAAAAACAGCAAUAAACCAGAACGCCAACGAAAAACAUCUGUUUCGUCGAAAAAGAACCAGAACAAAGCGAAAACAUCAUAUCAGACUAACAAACAGUCAGGAGGAAGUAAGGCUUCUAAAAACAUGCUGAUCCCACAUCAACCUCCUAUACCACAAGUAGGAAGUUCGCAAUCUUUCGGAGCUAAGGGAAGCGGUAGAGGUAACAACGUAAGCAGUCCGCAUUUGAUCCACUCGUAUGCGAGUCCGUUGCUUCCUUACGAUAUCCCACAACAGGGUGGCGGCCCACUGGACAGUCCUACUGAACCACUUCAAUUGCAGAAACAUCUUACAUCUAACAUUGUAUAUCAAACACAGCAAAGCCAACAGGCAUUCGGCACGACAGCCGUCCCUCUCAAAUCACCCCCAUUCGGUGUACCAUACGGUGUUCAACAGUCAGGAGGAUCAUCUGCAUCGAAUGCUCCCCCCAAUUCUACCAACUUUGGUGGCCAACAGCAACUUCUCCCUUCAUCAAAGAAAGACAUUCAGUACAAUCUCACAAAGUUGAAUCCCACCAACCAAGUUCCGAUGAAGAAUAACCUGAACAUCCCGUUGAAACCGUCAAGCUCUUCAAUCGCCCCUGGGAAAAAUCAUCCACUGUGGAAUUACCACAAGAAAUCUCCUUCCAAAAAUGUACUAAUUCCGACAUCUUCUGCGGCAGCUACGCUGGCCAGUCUCGGCAUUUCGAAACCGAUACCAAGAAAUAAUAGCCCCAGUGGAAAGUACCGCGACGUUGAACCAAUCGUGAAUCCGGCGGAUAUUCCGAAUCCUAAGAUAAUUUUUUCAACGACCGGAAUGCUGCCAUCGAAAACCCAGCAUGAUUCGGCCAGUCGGCAGUCUACUGGCAAUCAGAUCACAAUACUGGAUCAGAUUACGUUGGCUCCACCCAAUACGAUUGUUCAGGGAUCUCCAACGACGGGACAGCCGAUAACAAUUGCACCAUCCCCGACAUCGGUAGUUUCGAAUCCCACUGUAGCACCGAGUUCUAACGUAACAAAAUCAAUCAGUCCAAUCGGAGCAAACGUAGCCAAUAAAGUGGUCACGUUAAAGGGACCCAAUUUAGCUGGGUUUACUCCGGUCAAAAGUGGAAGUAAGCUGUCAGUACAUAAACUACAACUGGUGCCAAUCAGUCAACCGGGAGGUAAAAACAAUGUGAUUGUUCUGCCUGCUAAAACCGCGACAUGUGGGUCUUUGAAUCCAGGGCAAAAGAUUACCAUCCCCAAGAGUGUUAUUGACACGAAUGCUGCAGCGAACAUAAUCAGUCCACCAAAGGUAAUCGUUCAGCACCAGCCCGAUUUGAAUAAUAUUGUCGUGUUUGAUAUAGGCUCAGACCAGAAGCUAAAAACGUCGAGCGCAGUGUUGAGUUCUCAGUUGCAACCCGUUCUUCCAGUGAAAUCGGUUAUAACGGAAGACACCCCAGUUGACAUCGUUUCAACUCCGUUGGAUGUGGUAACCGGGGCUGUCAAAUUGCAAGAAUUGUCGAAAGGUUUUCUUUCACCAACUUCUUCUGCUUCGAGUUCACCUUUGACAGAAAAAAUGGUUAAACCUCAGUCCACAUAUUCAACCUCAACCUCGACAACGGCAGCGCCCAAGUACAAUUCAAACAAUCCCACAAAAGCGACAAAAUUCGAAGCUGACAGUACUGCACCAGGUCCCUCGCUCACGGUGACCAAAAAAUCAAAAAUCAAUCAUCGAUCCACGCCAACAGCCGCCUCGACGAGCGCCAUUGUACAAAGUAGUAAAACAGUAAAAUCAAAACCCACAGCGGCUGUGGCCAGCUCAACUACCGCAACUGGAAAUGAUCCUUCAGCUAGCAAUAGAAUUCCAGCCAUGAGCCCAACCGAUUGGGAAUUAGAACUGGACCAAGCCAACCUCAAAACAACUCCCAUUAUCCCAAAAGCCAUACCAAAACCGACUCCGAAAUUAAAAGCAGCACCGGCAAUGCCAAUCCCUGUUCCGAAAUCUACUGCAAUAACAGCUCUGAGUAACAUCAGCAGCAAUAGUGCCAGAAAAGCCCCUCCACCUCUUUCGUCCAGUUCCAUCAGUUCAACCUCAUCGUCGAGCGCUUCAUCGCCGGUGGUCGUCGAGCAACAAUCAACUUCUUCUGUUGACGCACGGAUACAACCGUUCAUUCACAGGCCCUCCGCUGUACCGACUGGACCGAUUCUGUCAGUUCCAGCACCAGUAAUACCUACGCUCACGUCAACACCAAAAGUCAGCAAGCAGACGGCACUUCUCCCCCUGGAUACAACACCACCGAACGAGCGAAGUGACGAUACAUCGGCAACCGAUUCUGCGGAUGCCGAAGAAGAUCACGAUGUCGGCGAAGAGGAUGACACGAUCGAGGAGGAGAUGAUCAUCGUCGACGAACAGCACUUCAACGCGGUUAUCGAGGAGGAUCCGCAGCUAGACGAGACGUUCAACGAGCAGGAAAUUGACGGCGAACGGGUGGAGAUUGUUAACGUCGGUUACGACACCUCUCGAGCCCUCAUUGCCGAUUUGGAAGGAACAGAAUCCGCCGUUAGCAUGCAGGCAGAAGGCACCGACGUGUGGGCGAAGAACGGUGUCGAGAUCAACCCUUCUAGUAUGAACUUUGAGCAGUACAUUGUGGAAGCUGAAGGCGAAGCGGAAGGAGAAGCAAACGAAGACUCGCGGACGGGGUCCGUCCCGGUUGGAAACGGUAAGAAUAUAAUGUUCGAAAUGUUGGAAAUCGAUGCCGAGGGUAACAAGCAUACGCGAACGUUAUCCUACGAGGAAGCAGUGGCCGAGGGUCAGAUCGGGGCGAUGAAUGCGUCCAGUUCCGCCAAGAGCUCGGGUGGCUCGUCGGGAUCGGGAACGGUGAAGGGUAAAACGAAAUCAACGUCGUAGAGGGAAAGGGAACGGAAAACAAAAGCUAAAGUUUAGCAUAGUUUGGAACAUUACGAGCAGCCAUAGCAAGAAGCCUGGAGGGAAAUGCAAGCCCUCGCCAAUGACUCAAGAAGGGCGGGAUUUAUUUAUUUUAAUUGUAGGUCUCGUUCCACUGUGACGAGUGGAUACGUUUUGCUGGAAAUUACUAUUGUAUAAUAUACAUCUGAUAGAGCAGAGAUUCUUGUUACAAUAGUGUUGAUCAUAUUGCUAUACGCACUCGGUUUAGGUAAGUUUCGGUUGGGAUGGUAUUAUACAGGUAUAGUGUGCGCCCGGAACGAUUACUUACCAUCAUUAUUUCUGAUACGUAUUGAGUGUGAAAGGAUUACUUUCUAGGUGUAAGGUUUAAACUUGUUUAAGAGUGGUAAAGAUUACGCAGGAAUUCUGGUGGCAAAUUGUUAAGUUUUUAUAAGGCAGAAAAUAUAACUGAUUGCUAUUAUUAUUAUGAUUUUAGAA